AAACAAUUAAAUAAAGAGUUGGUUCAAAAAUUAAUUACGAACCAGUUACCCGAGUAUUCCCAAUUAUCAAUUUAUCAAGUAGAAAAAAGCGGGCAUGACAACAGAACAUUCUGUUUAGGCGAUAAAAUGACUGUCCGAUUGCCGAGUGGAAAAGACGAAAGGGCAACCAACGACAGACUAUCCUUUUCCAUGCAAUUUGCUGCUAAUUUGGCAGGAUUUUUGAAAGAAUUUCAAGCAAUUGACGCUUCCAAUGGACCCGUUGCUGGCAAACAUAAUUUUUAUCGAGGCGGAGAUUUGUCUGUUUACCAUGAGGAAACACAAAUAGCCCUCAAAAAACUUAAAUCAGUGCUACCAACCGACAAGUUAAAUAAAAAUGUUUGGGUUCACGGCGAUAUUGCCGUUGGAAAUCUUCUCGUGAAAAACGGAAAACUUUGCGGAGUUAUUGAUUUUGGAAUGCUGGGAGUCGGAGACCCAUCUUGCGAUUAUGCUAUAGCAUGGACUUUUUUUGAUAAAGAGAGCAGAAAAACGUUUUUUGAAGAAAUGGGGUGUGAUAAAAAUACUUGGAACAGAGCAAGAGGAUGA